AUGGAAGCUGGAAAUCACACCCAAGUCUCAGAAUUCCUCCUCCUGGGUCUCUCAGAGGAUCCUGAACUGCAGCCCCUGCUGUUUGCAGUGUUCUUCUCAAUGUACCUGGUCACUGUGGUUUGGAACCUACUCAUCAUUCUGGCCAUCAGCUCUGACUCCCAGCUCCACACCCCCAUGUCCUUCUUCCUCUCCAACCUGUCCUUUGUGGACAUCUGCUUCAUCUCCACCACCAUCCCAAAGAUGCUAGUGAACAUUGAGGCACAGAGUAAAGACAUCACCUACAUAGGAUGCCUCAUUCAGGUGUAUUUUUUAAUGAUUUUUCAUGGAAUGGACAAUUUCGUCCUGACUGUGAUAGCCUAUGACCGGUUUGUGGCCAUCUGCCACCUGCUGCACUACAUGGUCACCAUGAACCCACACCUCUGUGUCCUCCUGGUUCUGAUGCCUUUGUUCAUCAUUUUCUGGGUCUCCAUUCUUCCUAUUCUACUAUUGAGGUGGCUGACCCUCUGUAUAGGCACUGAAAUUCCACAUUUCUUCCGUGAACUGGGUCAGGUUCUCAAGGUGGCCUGCUCUGACACCUUCCUCAAUAACAUCAUCAUGUAUGUGACAACUGCUGUGGUGGUUGUCUUUCCUUUCAUUGGAAUCCUUUUCUCUUACUCUCAGAUUUUCUCCUCUAUAAUGAAAAUUUCCUCUGCAGGAGGAAAAUAUAAAGUAUUUUCCACCUGUGGGUCUCAUCUUUCUGUGGUCUCCUUGUUCUAUGGGACAGGCCUAGGAGUCUACCUCAGUUCUGCUGUGAUCCAUUCUUCCCACAGAAGCUCGAUCGCCUCAGUGAUGUACACUGUGGUCACCCCCAUGCUGAACCCCUUCAUCUACAGCCUGAGGAACAAGGAUGUGAAGAGGGCCCUGGGAAGUCUCCUCAGCUGA